UGUUGUUAUAGGCUUACCUUACUUACAUGAAAUUAAUGGCAUUACCAACUUUAACCUUCUUUCUUAUUCUCCUCUCAUUCAUUACCAAAACAUAUGCCCAAUUCCAAUUCCUGCACAGCGUUUGCAGCAACAUAACUUACACCCCAAACAGCACAUACCAAUCCAACCUCGAAACAGUCCUCAACUCUCUAUCCUCCAACACUCGAACCACCACCACCACCAACGGCUACUACAACACCACUGCAGGCCAAAACCCUGACAAAGCCGAAGUCAUAGUCCUCUGCAGAGGUGAUAUCCCAUUACAAACUUGCCACCUUUGUAUCCGUGACUCGGCUGCCACCCUCCCUGUCACGUGUCCUAGCAGUAAACAAGCAUUUGGGGUAACUGAUAACUGCAUUAUCUUUUUCUCACACAAUUUCACAUCUCAGAUUAUAAGAAGAAGGCCUUUGUGGGCUCUGUGGUCGGAUCAUAUCAAUGUUCAUAAUAUCACUGGGUUUAACAAUUCGCUUACAUCCUUGAUGAGUACUUUACAAACACAAGCUUCUUUGGGGAAUUCUGAUCUGAAAUAUGCCACUGGAAAAACAGAGAUUGAUAGGUUGCACGGAAACGUGAAACGGGGAUUGAAUAGUAGUAAUACAACCAUUUAUGGGUUGGUUCAGUGUAAACCAGAUUUGUCCAGGAUUGAAUGUAGUGGAUGUGUUGAACACCUCUUUAGCCUUUUCCCUACCAGUUUUGUUACGAGUGCAUUUACAGCUCCAGCAGCAAGGUUGGUGUGUCCUAGCUGUAAUGUUCGAUAUUCAAUCGACUCUUUUUAUGGUAAUGUAGCCGAUGUAGGUCCGCCACAACCACAAUUCCCUGCACCACCAACAUCGAACAGAAGGAAUAACAUUGUACCAGUUGCAAGGAGCAAGAAAUCGCGUAGCACGAUUGUCACUGUUGUCCCCGUUGCUGGGUCACUAGUACUACUCAUCAUGAUCAUAACUUCAAUCUGCAUCAUACUAAGGAGGAGGAAGAAAAAGAAGAAAAAAUCUACCACAAGAUUAAACAACGACGAAAUAGAUGAACUCCAGUCCUUACAGUAUAGUCUUGGAGCCAUCAAGGAUGCAACUAACAAUUUCUCUGAUGAUAAUAAGCUCGGAGAAGGUAGAUUUGGCAUCGUAUAUAAGGGUAAGCUACCGGAUGAUCAAGAAAUAGCAGUGAAGAGACUAGCAAGGAAUUUGGUACAGGGGGAUAUACAAUUCAGAAAUGAGAUUAUGAUAUUAGCCAAAGUUCAACAUAGAAAUCUGGUACGGCUGCUAGGAUUUUCCUCCGAGAAAGAAGAAAUGCUACUCAUUUACGAGUUUGUCAUCAACAAAAGCCUCGACAAUUUCCUAUUCAAUCAUGUACAAGGUGCAUCUAUGCCGUGGAUAAUACGUUACAAAAUUAUUAAUGGCAUUGCUAGAGGACUUCAUUACCUUCAUGAAGAUUCAAGACUGCGAAUCAUUCAUCGUGACCUCAAAGCUGGUAAUAUUUUGCUCGAUGCUGAUUUCAACCCGAAGAUUGCAGAUUUUGGCAUGGCUAGGCUGUUUAACAUUGAUCAGAUUCAAGCAGUAGCAAGCAAAAUCGUUGGAACCUAGUGAGUGUCAUGAUCACAUCGAUUCACGGCUAUAUUCAUCAAUGUCAGAGUACUAACUGUUGUGGGAUCUUUUUCGGUGCUGACGUGGCACACGCUCCUCGGAGGUAUCAAGUAUGACCUGGCACGAACUUCUGGCAACCUGCAAAACAAGAAUA